AUGUGUGAUUUGCCUGAACGUGGAUACACCAGCCUGGGUUGCUGGAAGGACACAUGGAAACGUGCCAUUCCCACACUCGAAAGGACAGAUGCACGCCUAGACGGCUUCUACAAGGCACGAGCCAACGCUAUAGAGAAGUGUUACCAGGUAGCACGUUCUCGUGGUUUCACCGUGUUUGCUGUACAAGAUGGCGGCUGGUGUGCUGGGUCUGCCAAUGCACUCAACACGUACAGGAAGUACGGGCCUUCCCGAACGUGUGCAGCGGACGGAGAAGGCGGGCCUUGGGGAAAUGCAGUGUACAAGAUUACAGGUGGACCUAUAGAACCGCCGGGGCCUGUCAACCAUGUAUGCCUGGGACAGCUGUCGUGUCAGACACCAAAACCGGGUACGUGCUUGGCGUGGGGCGAUCCUCACUACAUCACCUUCGACAACCGCCGUCACGACUUCCAAGGAACGUGCAAGUACGUCCUGGUGCGUCACGCCGACUUCACGGUGGCAGUCCGUAACGUCCACCGUCCCGGUCGGAGCCAGCGGGUGGCCUUCUGCGACCGUGUGGAGGUGACCGUGUACGGGUACAAGAUCCAGAUUCGCAGCGGGGGCGGGAGAGACGUCCUAGUGAAUGGAUACCGCCGAAGCCUUCCUGUCUGCUUGAACCGCAAGGUCUCCAUCUCCAUCAGCGGGUUGAAUGUGCUGAUCCAGACGGACCGCUGCUUCUCACUCACGUACGACGGGAACCACCGUGUGGAGAUCAAGGCUCCCGCCUCCUACAAAGGAAAGCUUAGAGGAAUGUGCGGAAACUACAACGGCCAGCCGAACGACGACAACCUGAUGCCGGGAGGACAGGUCGCCUCCACCUCCCUUCUGUACGGCAACAGUUGGAUCGCUCCUGAUGACGACACUUGCCCGGACACAAGACCUCAAGACAAUUUUGACUCUAACGACAUCCGCCCGGCUGAUCGACAGAGAUACCUGCAUCCGAGCAAGUGUGGACUCCUCAAAGCUGCAAACGGACCGUUUAGGAGUUGUAACUCAAUUGUUAGUCCAACGGAGUUCGUGGAGACGUGCGUGUUCGACAUGGCGGCGUACCGGGGCGACCAGCUGGUGCUGUGUCAGAACUUACAGGCGUACGCUGACGCAUGCGUAUCAGCGGGAGGGAAACCACAGCAAUGGAGGAGGAGCGGCUUCUGUGCGGUGCCCUGUCCACCUCACAGUCACUACUCCCAGUGUGCCACUCCCUGCCCCCGCACAUGCGCAGACUCCGGCCCGAGGCCCUGUACGAGAAACUGCGUGGAGUCGUGUGUCUGUGAUAACGGUUAUGUGCUCAGCGGUGCCCACUGCGUGCCUUUAAGUAGCUGUGGGUGCUCUAAGGACGGAAAUCUCUAUGAGUCAAAGUUCAAUGACCAUCCCGCCGUGUCAUGA